AUGGCCGACGAAGCAGCUCCCAACACAAACCAGAACAACGAAGAGGACAAGAAGAAGGCCGAGGCCAUCACUAUCCGAGUCAAGGACCAGUCGGGCGAGGAGACGUUCUUCAAGGUGAAGCCCAACACCAAAAUGGACAAGAUCUUCACCGCCUACGCACAGCGCAAGGGCGUUCCUGCCAGCGCACUGCGCUUCUUGCUGGAUGGUACGCGUAUUAGCGGCGACCAGACGCCCAAGAUGCUCGAGCUUGAGGACGAAGACCAGAUUGAUUGUGCACUUGAGCAGGUCGGAGGCUUCCGAUGCUAA